UCGGUCGUUCAUUGUUGGGAUGCCUCAGCAACAACUUGUCGAGUGUACUUGGCACAUCUCAAGGGAUAGCUUGCUGCAAUUUGUUAUUGCAGGUCACUCUGUAGCGGACAAAAAGACUUGACAAGUUGACAUCGUUACCCACUCUCUAAGUUGGUCUCUCCUUGCUUAAAAUUCAUAGAACCAGCAUCGCUAGAUAAUCUAAACGAAGCAGCAAAAAUGGAAGGAAGUGCUUGCAAUUGCAGAUCAGUGGGAAAAGAUGGUGGGGAUGAAUUCACCAACAUCACUCUGCGGCCGUUGGGUGUUUCUGACAUAGACCACUUCAUGGUGUGGGCUUCAGAUGAUAGAGUCGCACGCUUUUGCACAUGGGAACCCUAUACCAGCAAAGAAGAUGGCAUCAGCUUUAUCAAGGAUACGGUUAUCCCACACCCAUGGUUCAGAGCAAUUUGCCUUGACAACCGUCCAAUUGGUGCCAUUUCAGUGACUGCAAAUUCAGGUAACGACAAGUGCAGGGGUGAACUUGGCUAUGUUCUGGGUUCCAAGUACUGGGGCAAAGGGAUUGCCACGCGGGCAGUGAAAAUGGUGGCUGAUGCUAUAUUUGAUGAGUGGCCACAUUUGGAGAGACUUGAAGCUCUGGUUGAUGUGGAAAAUGGGGGCUCCCAGAAGGUGCUGGAGAAGGCUGGGUUCCGGCGGGAAGGGGUUCUGAGGAAGUAUAUUACUUUGAAGGGGAAAACGAGAGACAUGGUUAUGUUCAGUCUUCUUUCCACCGAUCCCCGAACCUGACCACUAUCUGUACACAAUCAAUUGUUGAUAUUAUUUUCUUAAUAUGUGUAUCUUAAGAGCAACAAUUAGCAGCAGACAUUGCUGCUAAACAUUCAGUUGGAAUUCUUUAUUGUCACCUACAACUUCUUUGAUAUUGCAAAGAGAUAUUCUGUUAAGAAAA